UUCAGAUUUCACAACUCUAAAUCAUGCUGGGAAAAAAGCUGGUGACUGCACAGAAGCGAGGGGAGACAAGAGCCCUGUGCCUGGGACUGGGAAUGGUCACAUGCUCCAUGAUGAUGUACUUUUUUAUUGGGAUCACCAUUGUGCCAUUCUACACCAAAAGUGUUUGGACAACAGAAACCAUGUGCAAGUUACUCAAAGCCAACAUCCAGGACAGUGCUCUCUGCCCAAACAGUGACGGCUUGGAGGAUGAGGAUGCCUUUCCUUACCCCUGCCUAGAGGUGUGGGUUAAUCUGACAGCCUCGGGACAAGAGGUUAUGCUGUAUCAGACUGAAGAUACGCUGCGAAGAAAUCCUAAGUGCUCCUAUGUCCCAAGCAAGUCGAAGAACUCUGAAGAAGUUAAAGCACUAAUAGAAACAAUUGCAAGCAAUUUCAAAAAAUACCAGACUUUCCCAUGCUACUAUGACCCAGGAGGAACCCAGACCAAUGCCAUUUUAAGCAGACUUUAUCCCCCAAGAAACCUCCUCUUUGCUUUCCUUUGGCCUACACUCCUGUUUACUGGUGGAUGUCUAAUUAUUGUUCUGGUAAAAAUUAGUCAGUAUGUUUCUGUUCUUUCUGCAUGGCAGUAGAAAAUAGGUAUCUAGUAUAGAUUGUUGCAAGAUAUUAAAGUGACUUUGUUCUGCCU